UGAGACAGUUGACUGUCAAUCUCUUGGAAGCAGCCACUUUUAGGACUACACUUUCCUCUGGAUUCUUCGGGCCAAAGACAGUUUCUCUUUUUGAAGAUACGGAUUGCUUAUCAGAUAUGCCUUGCGGGAAAACUGUACUUCGUGCCAGCUUCUGGAUGAAAUCUGUUCUGCAUCUGGUUCUGCUCUCCUGUCUGUGUCCUGUGAUAAGUGGAUACUCGAAGAAAGACAGAGUUUAUGAUUUGAUGUCCAGAUAUCCUCUCAUUGAUGGUCAUAACGAUCUGGCUCUCCAGCUGAGGAUCCUCCAUAACAAUCGCCUGAGUCAAAUCAAUCUUCAUAAUGUUAAUAACACAGCCACUGACAUCAGUCGUCUCCAAAAAGGUCACGUUCAGGCACAGAUGUUUGCCAUCUAUGUGAUGUGUGGGGCCCAGGAGAAGGAUGCGGUUCGGCUCACCCUGGAACAAAUAGACGUGGUCAGACGCAUGUGCACUGAGUACCAGAAAUUUGAACUGGUCACGUCUGCAGAGGAGCUGAAGAACUCUAACAUAAGAAAUAAGACAGCCUGUCUGAUGAGCAUUGAGGGAGGUCAUGCAAUUGACAGCAGCCUGCCAGCUCUGCGGAUGUUUUACCAGCUUGGGGUUCGCUCCAUGGCACUCACACAUACGUGCAACACGCCAUGGGCUGAAUCAUCCUCUAAACUUUAUGAUGUCUAUCAAAGACAGAACAACAGCCUGACUCACUUUGGGAAGGUCGUGGUGGAGGAGAUGAACAGACUGGGAAUGAUAGUGGACCUCUCCCACAGCUCCUGGGACACAGCGGCAGCGGUGCUGAACCAUUCAAAGGCUCCAGUCAUUUUCAGCCACUCAUCCUCUUACUACAUCUGUAAGCACAGCCGCAAUGUCCCUGACUGGCUGCUGCUUCAGCUGAGAAACAACAGAGGGUUGAUCAUGGUGAAUCUCUACAAUAGAUUCAUUUCCUGCACAGAUGAGGCAAACAUCUCUGCUGUAGCUGAUCAUUUUGACCAUAUUAAGGAGGUCAUUGGAGCAGAGUCCAUUGGAAUUGGAGCAGACUAUGAAGGCGCUGGGCGCUUUCCUGUGGGGUUAGAGGAUGUGUCCAAGUAUCCUGCCCUAAUCCUGGAACUCCUGGAAAGGAACUGGACAGAGACUGAGUUGGCCAAUGUCCUUCGAGAAAACUUCCUGCGAGUGUUUGAAGAGGUGGAAAAGGUCAGUCAUCAUUUGAGAAGUACUCUACCUAGUGAAGUCCAUAUCCCGUUGGAGGAAGUGCAGAACCCCUGCAGGCUGGUCUUCAGACCUCCUGGCCAGAAACUGCAGAACUCAUCUAAUGUCCAACAUGGUCCUCAAGGUCCUACCAGCCUGCUGAUCUCAGCCAUACUCAUGCUGAUUUUUCAUCAAAUGACACAUCAGUGAAAACAGCAGAAUUUAGGGACUUAAAUCAAUUACAUUGUCUAUAAUAUAGUAAUAAUAUAAUAUACUAUAUUAUUUAAUAUAAAAUUUUAUUUUUAUUUCCAAAUGUAUUAUUGGCUUUUUAAUUUGUCCAUGAGCCAACUGGCAUCGCUACAAAACAGGAGUACUGAAUGAAAAAAUAUGCAUACUUUUAAAUAAAAUUACAGAUGAUGCAGUUAAAUUAAGUCAUAUGUUUCCACUUUUUUUAUCUGAAAGGUGAUAUACAGCAAACUAGUCAACUUGUAUUGUUUUAAAAUGAAAAGUACUCCUGAAUUUAUGUUAUUCUCACCAGUUCUGAGCAGUGAUGGCCAAAUUAAACUUCAUGAAGCAUUUGCUGUUUUUUUUUUUUGUUUGUUUUUAUUUCCUCUUGAUUUUGUUUUUGUUUUUGUCUGAGCACACUAGAUGUGGUGGUCUCUUCAAAAUAAAAGUGUUCAAAGUAUAUUGUAUUUCUAUGUUUUUGGAACCCUUUUGUGAAAAGAUAUUAUUACCUUCUGAUGGUUGAGACAAAAAAAAAAUCAAAUGCUUCAUGAAGCCUCAUUUAGCCAUCACUGGAGCUAAUGCUGCACUUUCAAUCAUUUUAAGAUGCUAACUCUUUAACAGUGUUAUCU